GGCCAGGCCACUUAGCUCUUAGUAUAUUGUGAUUUUUCUUUUUUUUUUUUUGGAUUUCUUUUUUUAUCUUUGCAUUUUGUUAAAUGGUCUGUUUGCAGAUAUUGGGAACUUACAAGUCUCUGCACUGUAAUGAGAAUGGAGAAAGGAUUAUUUUGACAAUAUGGAGUGUGAAACAUUUGAUUUUGUUUUAAUUUAAAGUUUCUUUUCCCAGCUGAUAGGAAGAGAUACAAAUAAGAAGAAACCAAAGAAAUCUCCAGCAUGCCCAUGGUGACAGGGAUUAUGGAGAGCAAGGAAAACGGUGCUGUGGAUGUUAAAAACUCAGUGGAGAAUGGGAGACCGCCUGAUCCAGCUCACUGGGCUGUGGAUGAUGUUGUAAAUUAUUUCAAAACUGCAGGAUUUGAAGAACAAGCUAGUGCAUUUAAGGAACAGGAGAUUGAUGGAAAGUCGUUACUGCUUAUGACAAGAAAUGAUGUUUUGACUGGACUUUCAUUAAAAUUAGGCCCUGCACUCAAAAUCUAUGAGUACCACGUGAAGCCUUUGCAGACCCAACAUUUAAAGAGCAGCUCUUCAUAAGAAUGAAGCAAAUGGAGUGUAGAAUAUAGCCACCUCCUAACCAAAUAUGAACCUCCACCCAGACAAAUACUUGAUUUAGGAACUGAAAGAGAAACUGACAAGCUGUGCGUGCAGAAAUAUUUUGGAACUUCCCGGAUAGUUUUCAGAGGGAAGUACACUGGCAUUUUUCUGCUGACUUGAGGAAAAGGCAAUGAAAAUAGUUGAUGAUUCUCUAGAAAUCUCCAGUGUUUUAUAGAAAACAUUGAACUGCUUGAAUGUUAAAGGACUAUUGAUUUAAAACAAUGAACAUUUUUCUAGAUUUUGCUCCAAUAUUUCCUUUGCCGUAUGUUUAGGUCUGUCAGAAACAAUGGCAACUCGAGUUACAGGAAGACACACUUAAUACUGUGUAAAUGUGAUUCUAGUCAAUACUGCUUGAGACGUGCAUUGAAAUUUCAGUUUGAUCCAAGUGCUAACAGCAUGUGGCUGGUUAAAUGUUACAAGUCCUAUCAUCUCCUGCAAGCCAGUGUUUUUAUUUGGUAAACUAUUUGAUGGCUCAAAGUGUUAUCAUUUCCACAGCAUUUUGAAGUAAGUGAUGAACUGACUGUAUAGGCAUCAGAAGAUGUUGCUAGCCAAGUUGUCUGUUGGGUUUCUGUUCACUAACCAGUAUGUCCUGAACCACAUUGCCCUGCCCAAGGCUUUGCUAUGCAUUGUGGGGUUCAACAUCUGUGGAGUCCUCUAUCAACUGGAACUUCUCCAGCACUAAACUGCAGAUCUAGAAUCAGCAGUUUAACAAUUACUGAAGCUCUGCAUAUACAUAUAUAUUUGAGGAAUCAUUCAAAUACAUAUCAUUCUUAAGAUGACAAUCAUUAAUGCAAAAUAUAUUUUUAUGUGUUUACAUUGAUCAUUCCUGGCAGCCUUACUGAUCGUUUGGCACUGCUAAAAGGAAAUAGAAUAUAUGUAUUUUUGUGCUGGAGACUUAAUAUUACUUUUAUUGCUGCUUAUUCUCUUUUGUGCAUUAAACAUUGGGCUGUGCACAAAUACCAGUCAUUAUGUUGGGGUUCAGGACAUGGACAAUGAUAGGUGCAGCUAAAAAUAAAAAUACAGCAUCCUUCUUCUAUAGUAGAUCCAGCUCUGCCAUUAUAUCAAAACACCCUGAUACAGUGUUUUAUUCAAGAACCAGCAGUACUGCUGUGCCUGGAGCUUCCCGGCGAAGGCCGUGAGUUAGUGUGAGGUGGCAGGGGCAGAAAUGAUAUUUGUAGUUGUACUCAGUUAGGCACAUUUAAAAUAUUUCCACAGAAAUAAAAAUUUCCAAAAAAAUCAAAUAUUUCCUUAAAAUAAGUUACAGGCCACCAUAUAGAACUCACAAAAAAAAAUAGGACUGAUCAAUGCACAUUUCUGGUUUCAUGCUCCUAUAAACCUUUGUCUCCAAGUCUCCUAGAAUCAACCAUUUCCUGUUGAUAGGGUUAGGCUUAUGCCACCAGUGCUGAUUUUAAGCCUGUGUUUAUAUGGAGGCCAGGAAUCAGCUGAUCCACUGGCAUCAGCAGUCCCCUUUGCACCCAGAGCCACCGUGUUGCCCUGGAUUCAGACACGCAGAGUGAAUUUUUUUGCACCAAAACGUGAUACAUUUUUGCACUGAAAUAUGCUUUGUGUGUCUGAAUCGAGGCUGAUGCAGUGAUUCUGAGUGCAGACACAGGAGGACAUGGUUACAAUAGGAGGGGCUGUUUCUCAGCUUGCGCUUUUAUACAGACUGAGAAAGAGCCCCAUGUGGCCUUAGCUCAUAAUAUAUAGCCUAUUGAGUUCUAUAACACAGAUACAAACCUGCCAGUGAUGACCAAUAUCUCAAGUUCUACAACUUUUUGAUUACUUGCAGCCUGAGAAAACUGGUAUUUUACAAAGCAGGUUUGUACAAGUACAAAUCAGGGUACUCUGAAUUUUUUCUUUCAGACAGAAAUAAAAGAAUAUACAGUAUAUAGAUUUUGAGACCCAAUAACAGUAUUAGUAACAGUAGUUAGCCUAAUAUUUUCUUCAGUAUAAGUAGAAUGAGCAUUAUUCCCUAGUAUACAUAACAUGCUCUGAUGCAGGCCCAGGUCUGAUUUGUGCCUCCCUAUCAAACCUUCUGCCUGCUCACUCAUGUCCCUUAUUACAACCUUUUUCUUAUUCUCGGGUUUCUUAUAAAUCCAUAUCCUUAAGCUCCCACAAAGUGAUACAGACCCAUGAUAUUUCUAAAUGUAACAUGUUAAAUGGAUAUAUUAAAUUGUUCCCUUCUUUUCCUUUACAAGCAGAAAUUUUUUUAGCAUGUUUUGUAUAAACAAAUACUGUGUCCAAUAUUUGGCAUAUGUAAAUCCAUGCCUGCAGUGUCUUACCCUGAAAUUUGCCUUUUACAUUUCCCAGGUACUGCCAGACACUAGAGCCAUCCCAUGGUGGAUGCUGGACUUUUUAGUUCUUGAAAAAGAAAGGAUACAGUGAACUUUAGAAAUAAUUACAUAUAAAAUUAUUUUCUCACUAAAAAAAUAUUUUGGCUUCUAGUCACAAUUUUACAAAUGGUAGUAAUUUUGACUAUACAAACUGGUGCUUAUAGCAGCAAGUCUGGCCACUUUCCUAGGUGCUUAUAACUAUGAUUGGUGCUUUAAUAUGUAAGGAAUACUAAAAGUGCAUGAGAUAAUGGUUGUGACUGCACACAUCAGUGUAGCUUGGGCUUUUUAAUGCUUUAUGUGUUAAACCUAUAUGCCAUUGAAUAAAAAAAAAAAUUAAUUUGAA